ACGGCUCUCGAACCCAUCCCGGGGCCACCUGUUACGUUUGAAACACAGAGGUAUCACCAUGCAGUCCCCUAUCGCUUUAUUGGAGUGAUUCCUUAGACGCCGACGACUCCAGUCAUCUAGCAACCCGGGAGACCGUGGGACGCGGAUCCCUUACACCGUAUUUAAAUACACGGGGCGGUGCGGAGACAACAUGCUCCUGCAACUCACACAGAACACUAAAAUGACAUGCAGCCUGGAGCAAGCGGCAGCGUUAAUCGGUGCGAUCGGGGCGCUUUGUCUAAGAUAUGCAGUCUGGUAAUCUCUGGUAAUCUGCCUGCGUCUCUCUGAGCCGUGCACACCGCGGUUUAACUCGUCCGAACCCUAUUCAUAGCACCGGUGGCGGCGGAAUACACCGAAACCCAGUGCAACUCUGCAGGAAGACCCGGGUGUAAUGAAGACCGACUCGGACCCCUCGGACCGGUGGGUGCUCCCGGGGUACGGAGCCGCGGUCGCCGUGUCUGUGCUCGGCAUGUGGUUGCUACGGCGAUGGGUGGCCGGCGGGGUGUGUCGCUGCGCGGCCCGUCUGGACGGCCGAACUGUCCUGAUCACCGGAGCCAACACCGGCAUCGGCAAGGAGACGGCCCGGGACAUGGCCCGCCGCGGGGCGCGGGUGGUGAUGGCGUGCCGGGACCUGACCCGGGCGGAGCGCGCGGCCGAGGAGGUACGGCGUGCCACUGGCAACGGGAACGUGGUCAUCAGACACCUGGACCUGGCCUCCACCUACUCCGUCAGGAUGUUCGCUAAAGAGUUCCUGGGCAGCGAGGAGCGGCUGGAUAUCCUGAUCAACAACGCUGGGAUCAUGAUGUGUCCUAAGUGGCUGACUGAGGACAGCUUCGAGACCCAGAUGGCUGUCAAUCACCUGGGCCACUUCCUGCUGACCAAUCUGCUGCUGCCCAAGCUGAGAAGCUCCGCCCCCAGCCGUGUGGUCGUAGUGUCCUCCCUCGCUCACGAGACCGGAAAGAUCGACUUUGAUGACCUGUUCUUCGCCAAGCGGCCCUACAGCUCCAUGACUAGCUACAAGCAGAGCAAGCUGGCCAACGUGCUCUUCUCCAGAGAGCUGGCCCGCAGGAUGAAAGGUACCGGAGUGACAGCCUACAGCCUGCACCCAGGGGUGAUCCGCACGGAGCUGGGGCGUCACGUGGAGAGCUGGUUCCCCCUUCUGGGGGUGCUUCUGAGGGCCCCCUCCAUGCUGCUGAUGAAGACCCCCACCCAGGGCGCCCAGACCUCCAUCUACUGCGCCGUGACCCCCGGCCUGGAGAAACUGUCUGGGGGCUACUUCAGUGACUGUAAGGAAAAGCGCGCCGCUGAGGUGGCGAGGGACAACGAGGUCGCCAAGAAGCUCUGGGAUGUGAGCGCUCAACUGGUCGGGUUGUCAGUCAAAGAGUGAUCCCUGGCCCUCCACCCAACCUCCCCACCCACCUCCACCUCCACCUCCACCUCCACCUUCCCCACCACCUGCCCCACCACCUCCCUCUCCUCAAACCUCCUCCACCUCCCCCUCCUCCACCACCUUCCCCACCAACACCUCCUCCAUCACCUGCUCCACCUCCAAGGCCACCAAUUCCUUCUCCCCCACCACCUCCAUCUCCUCGAACCUCCUCCAGCUCCCCCUCCACCGACACCUCCUCCACCUGAUCCACCUCCACCACCUCCUCCACCUCUCCUAAUACCACCACAUUCACCACCUUCACCAUCUCAUCCUAUACCUCCACCUCCUCAACUUCUCCCACUACCACCUCAUCCACCACCACCACCUCCAUCUCAUCCACUAAAACGACCAAACACCACCUCUACCACCUCUUCAUCCAUCACCUCCUCCACCUCCUCAACGCUGAGACCCCUGGACCGACGGCGAGAGGGUGGGGGCGGAGUCAUCAGUCGACUAGCGAAAUAAAAAAUAUAUUUUACUCAUCUUGGUUCCUUCAAGAUGGCGGCUUAGAAGGUGUGUGACAUCGUUUGAUCAAGCCCUUCAAUAAGUCAAUACAUAGAUGUAGAGGUUCAAAGGUCAUGAGGUAGACUCCUCCACAACAAAUAACGCAGACCGGAAAUCCACGAAGUCGCGACAGAACAUUGGGUCCAGUUUUGGUUGCUCAGAACGAAGAUCUUUCUGACGCUAUUUACGAUUUAUCGUUUAGUCAUUGAGCAGACAUCUCUAGCCUGAGCAGCUCAGUCAUGUCCGACGCAGUUGGUUACGGAGCAGGUCAAUGGAGGCUUCAAACCAAGACCCUUCAGACUGGGAGUCAAACCCCCGACCCCCCUGUCUACUGUUAGGAGGACAACGGGGAGACGGAUCAAGCGAGGAGGAGCUGGUGGACGUCUUGGGGAUCAGAAGGCGAUCUGUGACCGGUCUUUAUCGAGGAGACCUGAACCUGGUCAGCCUCUACUAGGACACGGAACAGCGGGGACAAAAGGGAUUUCACACGGCCACCAAGAAUCCUCAGAAUAGAAGCAAUAUAUCUUGUAUCCUUACGUUUUGGAAGUGUUUGUUAUAUAAAAAUAUAUCUAUGAACCCA